CUUUGAUCUCAUCCACGCAAAAAGCGGCGAGGCCAGUCGAUGUUGAUCGAGAAGCCCGACGAGGUCAAGCAUCUCAACGCGGCUGGACAUGCUUAUGGAAUCUACGGCAUCGACGCGCAUCCGAGCGAGCUGAAGUUUGCAACGGCAGGCGGAGAUAAUUGCGUCAAGAUUUGGUCCUUGGAGCCCAUACCAGAAAAAGAAGGCCCUGGGUGCGACCUUCUCGCGACGUUGACAUGGCACGAAAAAGCUGUCAAUUGCGUGCGAUGGUCUCACAGUGGCCGCUACCUUGCCUCUGGUUCGGACGACCAUCAAGUGUUGUUGUACGAACUGCAGGAUGGACCACCUGCGCCAAUUCCAUUCGGGUCAAAUCAAGUCCCAAACAAAGAGAAGUGGGUGCGCUGUUCCAUGCUGAAGAGCCACACCAUGGACGUGCAAGACUUGGCCUGGUCUCCGGACGAUCGCAUGCUUGCAACUUGCAGCAUCGACAACUCCAUAUUGAUAUGGUCCAUGGAUCAUCUGAGCUCCGUCAUGACGCACCCAAUGCAACACUUGUCAGGGCACCAGGGAUGGGUCAAAGGCGUGGCGUGGGACCCUGUUGGCAAAUAUCUGUCGAGUGCUGGCGAAGACAAGUGCAUUAUCAUGUGGCGAGUCGACACUUGGGAGGUCGAGGAAAAGAUCAGCGGCCCGUUUGAGCAAGGCACGACAACGUCGCACUUCAGACGUCUGUCGUGGGCUCCGGACGGGAGUUUGGUGUGCGGAACGCAUGCGUUCAAGUCGAAACAAAACGUGGCCGCACUCAUCGAGCGAAAGACGUGGAGGAACGAUGUCAACUUUGUGGGCCAUCGAGGAGUUGUGACGAGUGCCAGAUUCAAUCCCCGUCUGUUGGCCAAGACCGCGAACAAAGAGUUUGCGUGCUGUGCACUGGGUGGCGACGACUGCACCGUCAGUGUCUGGCUUGCCGACGUCGCUCGCCCGCUGGCGGUGGUCAAGGACUGCUUUGACGCGUCCGUGACGGAUCUCAGUUGGUCGUAUGAUGGGCAUACCUUGCUUUGCGCGUCCCUGGACGGGUCUAUUUGCUUCUUUCAGUUCACACCCGACGAAUUGGGCAAUCCCAUUUCCCGCCAGCAACAAAGUCGGCUCCUUCAGCAGCGCUAUGGGUCCCUGGCUGGGCAAACGGCGGGGUGUACGCUCGUGGAAAAUCCACUCCAGUUGGAGCUGGAAGGACAGCAAAAGCAGUUGUCACUGGACAAGUUGGCCAAACGACUGACGCCGAGCAAUGGCAAGGCUGUCACGCCGCUCGCGGAUGCAGCUCCUGCGAAUAACACAUUCACGUUGGUGGCGCGGCCCAAACCGAAAGCCCAAGACGUGCCGUCGGCAAAGCCAGCUGCAUCAACAACUGCGACGGUGUUGACCGCGCGACCAAAGUUCAAGAAGCCCCAAGACUCGUCGAAGCUGCUGUCAACCACAGGUGUCGCCACGGCCCAUCCACUGUCCAAACCCAGCGUGUUGCCAGCGGGAGACAAUGAGGCAGCACUUACUCCCCCGAUCAAGCGGAAACGAGUGGUGGACCAGCCUGCGCAAGCAACCACGUCAUCUUCUUCCACAACCAAUCUGUUUGUGAUUCCGCAAGAAGGAGUCGCCAUGGCCCAUCAGAUGGCAGAGAUUCCAGGGCGACCAAUGUUUUCCGUCCAAAUCAAGUCGACCGACAAAGUAAUCGAGUGCAAAGUAGUCGACGACGAAGUGGUCCACACGUCGAUUGUGUGCAUCGAUGGCGGGAGUGUGCUGUGGAUGGAUAGGAUCCCAGGCCAAGCAUCAUGUGCGACUGGCAACCAGUCUUUCUGUGCCGUUGGCACCACGGACGGCCACUUGUACAUCCUGUCGCCACUCGGUCGUCGGCUCUUUCCCUGCAUUGCGCUCGGGUAUCCUUUUGCGGCCUUAGAGUGCCAUGCCGGCGCCGCGCCGUACGUGUUGGUCAUCUUGACCAACGGCGACGUGAAAACGUGGACAAUUCAAGCCAAGAAACUGGUCGUUGCGGCAUCCCUUUGCGGCAUGACGACUACAAAGUCGACCUUGAUUCGGGCCAUGGUGACGUCUACCGGUCAACCCAUCGUGACGUUGGCCGUGGGGGGAACGACGGGAAGUUUGCUGCAUUCAUUCGCCUACGACGUGGCCAUGAAGUGCUGGAUGCGUGUAGCUGACGACUCGUUCUCGUCGUCCGAUUUUCACACGCACUUGCCGUCGGAUGCGAUUGUGACGGCAGACAUUCCCGUGCGCGACAUGGGCGGUUGAACGAUGAUGGGCAUGACAUUUUGUGUAGGUAGGAACGCUACGGAGGCUCCAAAACGCAUCCACCCACACACGCAGUGCCAAGUCCAUGCUGGCUGGAAUGUCCAACUCGAUCCAGCAGCACCACAUUACUCGAACACACUUGGAACAUCAGGUCGCCGCGAGUUUGGCGCUGCGAAGUUCCACCGAGUACAUGCACUGGCUGAAAGUUUACGCGCGGCAUCUUUCUCAUGAUGGAGACGUGUUGCGCCUCGAAGAAAUCUGCCAGGAGCUCCUUGGCCCCAUGUCCGCGACUACCUCCACCGACUCGUGGACAUCCUCGGUGCUGGACGUGCCCAAGCGAGAGCUCCUGCAGACGGUGGUGCUGCCGCAGAUGGCGACAAAUCGCGUCCUCCAGCGCAUCGUGCACAAGUAUCAAUUGCUCUUGGACGAAGUCACGUCGUCGCACGGAUCGGGAGUCCAUGCAUGACAUCGUUAAGAUACACAACUUUCCCACUCGAUUUCGAUUAUCGAAGGCCAACCAACCAGUUCCACAACUCCCCCUCCCCGUUCACACUCCAACGUUCCAUACCUUGUGCCGUCGCGCCGGCGAACUUACUUAAAGUGUCCUCGCUCGACGUUCAGGUGCUCCGAGCGUCCCAGAAGUUACUAAGUGGGCUCCCAACGAACCCGCCGCUUGGACAGGCUCC